AUGUGGCUUCUAACAGUUCUCGUUUCUAUUGCAAUAGCAAAACAGACUCCAGCACCUUAUUUACAAAACUUGAAACGUCCUCUUAAUAUCGCUCACAGAGGUGCAAGUGGCUAUAUCCCUGAACAUACUUUGCAAGCUUAUGACGUUGCAGCUUAUAUGUCAGCCGACUAUAUAGAGCCUGACUUGAACCCUACAAAAGAUUUUCACUUGGUCAUUAACCAUGACAAUCUUUUAAAUGAAACCUCCAAUGUGGAGUUACUCCCUCAAUUUGCAUACCUGCGCACUACAAAAACAAUCCAAACCUAUGAAGGUAAUAUUACAGAAACUGGCUGGUUUAUUGAAGACUUUACACUAGAACAAAUUAAGCAGCUCAGAGCUAAACAAAGACUGUCAUUUAGACCUAAAACUUUUAAUUACCUGCUUGAAAAAAUCACAAUUGAUGAAGCAUUAGUUUUCCCUCUGUAAGUGGAUUUUUCCCAUUUGAAACACCUGGCCAUGGACUUUCUGUAGAGGAUCAAGACAAAGUUGCAGGCACAGAAUCAGCUUAUGCUGAGAAAGAGCAAGUGGAUAACAAGUCACAAACCUACACACUCUAACGGCACGGACCGUCAAAAUGUUACUUGCAACAACAGGAGAGGAGGACUCUGGAACCUGGAGAAUGGGAGCAGUACACUAAGUCAGUUAGUCGCUAUACUGUCUCGCGACGGCCUCAAAUAAGCUUAUUAAUUCAGAUCGGUAUACCGAUCAAAUUCUGAUCAAAAAUUAAGUAGUUAAUGAUAGCGAUAACGAUGAAGCAUUAGAAUGGGCAAUCAAAGAAAACGAAAACAGAAAAAGAAAUAAAAAAAACUUAGUUGGGGCUUAUAUUGAAUUAAAAAAUCCUACUUAUUAUAAUUCUAACUCCCCAUCCGUGAGUGAACAAAGCCAUUGGAAAAAUCCUUAUUUUUGCCCGAAAACCCACCCUCUAUGAGGAAAAAAAAAUUAUUUAUCAAAAAAAUAUUUUGAUAUAUAAGUAAUAAUUAGUAUGAUGAAAUCUCUAGCUAAUUCUGUUUAAUUUUAAACAGCUUGCAUUUUAAAACAUAAAUUUACAAAUUAUAUUAAUAUCUACUUUCCAAUUUUUGCGAAUAGGGAUUUUUUUAAUUUUGAAAAAAAAUUCACUAUCAAAUUUAUAUAUAAUUUUUUUUAAAAAAAAAUUAACCCCCUCCAUGAGCAAACAAAAAUUUACGGAUGGAGAUUAAAGGUUUUCCAGUCCAACAAAUGCUACUUAAUACACUAAAGAAGUUUGGAAUAGAUGAUAUAAAAGGUGCAAAUGAAAAAUGUCCAAUUAUUUUACAGUGUUUCGAAUUAGAAACUUUAGAAUUUUUUUCAAAAGAAACUGAUCUUCCAUUAGUCUAUUUAAUUGACUCAGGCUCAGGCCUGCCAUAUAAUAUGACUGAGUAUGCUAGUAUAGUCCAUGGGGUCGGCCCUGAUAUAGGGUUUAUUUUUAAUACAAAGUAUGAUAGCACUGGUUUUGUGGCUUUGGCACAUCAGAACAAUUUAUUUGUUCAUCCAUGGACUAUAAGAGAUGAUACUUUACCAGCAGGUUUUACAGCUAAGCAGGUUUAUUUGAAGCUUUUGUAUGAAAAUAUUGAUGGUAUCUUUACAGAGUUCCCAGAUAGUGCAAAUACAUAUUUUAACCUAUAA